GCCGCUACUACCAUCAUCAUCAUCAUCAUCACCACCACCACCACCAUCAUCAUUGCAGCUGCAGCAGCGCAAUUAUGUACGGUUCCGAGAUCACGUAGUGUCGGGCGUGUAAUUAUGUUGUUGUCAUCGUCGCGCGGCGCGCCCUGCGUAGCUUCACGGUGAAAAUCUGGCGUGAACGGUUCCGCGGUGGAACGGGGAAUAUGGCGUCGGUCUCGGCCGAGACUCCAGCCAGCCAUGGGCACAGCUUCAGUAAGAAGACGUUUCACAAGCCGACGUACUGCCAUAGCUGCACGGACAUGCUCUGGGGCCUCAUACAGCAGGGGUACAUCUGCGAAGUGUGUAACUUCGUGGUGCACGACCGCUGUCUCAAGGCCGUCGUCUCUCCCUGCUCCAGCAUCGCGGCAAGCCUGAUUAAGAACCCGGUUGCACACUGUUGGUCCGAACAAGUACAUCACAAAAGAAAAUUUUGCAACGUUUGUCGGAAACGUUUGGAUGAUAAUAAUCCAUCCAUACACUGCGAAAUAUGCGAGUACUUCGUGCACAUAGAAUGCCAAGACUUCGCGGUGGCAGACUGCAAGGAGAAUGCCACGUACUUGCCUGGGAAGGACCUAUCAGCAGUGAAACACACUCAUCACUGGCGAGAAGGCAAUCUUCCAAGCAGCUCGAAAUGCGCCGUAUGCAAGAAGAGUUGUUUUACUGUCGAGUGCCUUGCCGGGUUUCGUUGCGAGUGGUGCGGCAUGACGUCGCACGCGUAUUGUUACAAGAAUAUCCCCCAAGAAUGCACCUUUGGUAACUUGGAACCAAUUUACCUGCCACCACAUGCAGUUAGUAUUCCGCGUACCGAAGUUCCCAUGGAAGCCAUCAUUGGAGUACAAGUGCGUCGUAAAGAAGUCUCGACCCGUGAGUAUUCUUGCCAUAACAUCGGAGAGCAAUUCGAUUUCGCUGAGAGUGAGCAAAAUGGGGCUGCAGGCCGCCUAGCCGAAGCUUUGAGGCGCCUUUCGCUAGUUUUGCCACGUAGCUGCCAUGGAAAUUGUCAUGCUUCCCCUCCUUAUGUUCGAGCGCGAAGCACAUCAGAGGAAUUUAGCGACGGAGCGAGGUAUCGUGACAAUGGAGAACCGACACAAGGCGCAGCGCAUGGCCGUGAUCCGCGUUCUCCUAAAGAGAAAGAAGACAAAGAAAGAGGUGACGAAGAAAUGAUUAAGGUAUACGACGGCAACAGCUCCUUGAGGCGACGAAUAUUUCGGGUGAUUCCGGUACCCAGGCAGGCUACGACAGAACAAGUUCUCACAUUGGCACUGCGCGCAUUUCACAUUACGAAAGAUCCUAGUACCUUUUACUUAACUGACCUGUAUGCCGAGGAGGAAACUGAAUUAUGUGACCCGACGCCUGUUUUAAAUUUAAAUCGCCAAGAAGGCAAACGUCCGGCUGUGUUCUUACGAUUUAAAAAUAAUGACAGUGGAGAGGUACGAGUUUAUCCCGGCAAAUUGCAGGUAUCAGAGUCAUUCUGUAUAGUACCUGUCACCGAAGCAACAACUGUUGCGGACUUAAUAAACGAGGCACUCGAGAAGUUUGGUUUACAAAAUUUUAAUUGCGACGAUUAUAGGUGCAGUGAAAUUCUUUUAGAUCGUGGAGUGACGGAAAGAGUUUUGUCCUGGGACGAAAGACCUUGGGAUAUCGUUAAGAAGCUGGGAAAAGAUUCUAUUAGGCAAAUGGAACUGAUGCGGUUCUAUCUACAGUUAAAGCAAGACCCUCAUGGACCCAACUUGGCUUUAUUCGUGGGUAACUUGCCGCAAAAUCUUUCUGAAAGGAGCUAUGAGAAUAUGUUGACAGAAUUUUUAGGAAAAGAAAAUAGGUUUUCAUCAAUUGGCCCAAUUUAUUACGAAUACGGUUCGAUGGUCAUUAUAUACGAAGAUUCGAAUAAAGCGGUCAGAGCAUUAUAUGCGUUGCGAGAGUCAAAAUACGAAGACAAGCAUCUUCUAGUAAUGCUUUUACCGAGUAUCGAGCCAAGUAUGGUACCAUCGAGUGUUCAACCAUUACUCGUGUUUGUAAAUGUAAAAUCUGGCGGUUGUCAAGGACUCCAGCUAAUUUCUAGUUUUCGUAAACUAUUAAAUCCCUACCAAGUGUUUGAUCUCGAUAAUGGUGGACCUCUACCCGGGCUUUACGUUUUUCGCCACAUAAAAGACUACAAGAUAUUAGUUUGCGGUGGUGAUGGAACGAUAGGCUGGGUUUUACAAUGCUUAGAUAAUGUGGGCCAGGAUAGUGAGUGCUCUUCUCCCGCUUGCGCUAUUGUACCUUUGGGAACGGGAAACGAUCUUGCGCGUGUACUAUGUUGGGGUUCAGGAUAUACGGGCGACGAGGAUCCAUUAAACUUGUUGCGAGACGUUAUCGAUGCUGAAGAAAUAAUAUUAGAUAGAUGGACCGUAGUUUUUCAUCCGGAAGAUAAGGAACAGACUCAAGUAGUUGGUAAUGCUGCAGGCGCUGGUUCAACAAGCGAAGACAAUACGCAAAUAUAUGUAAUGAAUAAUUAUUUUGGCAUCGGCGUCGAUGCGGAUUUAUGUCUUGACUUUCACAACGCGAGAGAGGAAAACCCUAAUAAGUUCAAAAGCAGAUUACGAAAUAAAGGUGUAUAUGUAACUAUGGGUUUACGUAAGAUGGUCAAACGUAAGCCGUGCAAAGAUUUACAUAAAGAAAUUCGGUUAGAAGUAGAUGGAAAAUUGGUCGAUUUACCGCAAGUAGAGGGAAUAAUUAUUCUGAACAUUUUAAGUUGGGGUUCUGGUGCUAAUCCUUGGGGACCAGAUACCAAAGAAGAUCAAUUUUAUACACCAAAUCAUUGGGAUGGUAUGUUAGAAGUUGUCGGAGUCACAGGCGUUAUGCACCUUGGACAAAUACAGUCGGGUUUACGUACGGCUAUGAGAAUAGCGCAGGGCGGACACAUAAAAAUUCACUUAAACUCAGAUAUACCUGUACAAGUAGACGGCGAACCGUGGGUUCAGAGUCCCGGAGACAUUGUAGUCUUGAAGUCUGCACUCAAGGCUACGAUGCUGAAGAAGACUAAGGGUAAAAUGAAGCGGCGUAAUACAGAAUCCAGUAUGCAAUUGGCGCUUCAGGCUGCACCGUCGAGCGAUCCGGACGAAGAUAUCUUCUGAGUGAACAAACAUUUAAAGUGAAAGUGAUUCGAACAUGCUGCGAAAACGGCAAGAGCACGUAGCCAUACAUAGAAAGAACUCGAUUGACUAGCGUACGUAACAAAAUAAAAUCGGCCUCGAAAUCGUCCGACAGCGGUUGCGCUGCACGAACUUAAAACAUAAGUACUUACAACGCGACAAGAAAACACACUGGUAAAAAAAGAGCACGAGAGGGACAGGUAGAUAAGGUUUUCGAAUACACUAAAACACGUACAUACACACACAUACAGUACAUAUAUACAGCAUUAAAUCCAUUAUCGACUCUAAUGAUUCUUAAUGUUUGUUCUUACAUUAAUAAAGAAACUAGAUCUCAUUUUUAAAUGUUAAUAAUUAUAGCACUGUACGCGUAGUUUAUCAAUCAAUAUUUUUUUAGUAAAAUUAUAAUAGAUUUUAAACACACAUAAUAACACAACACACACACACACACACACAUACCUAAACAUAUACGCAUAUUAAACAGUAUUGAAAGAUGCUACACGCGCAUACGCGAGCGUAGCUUAUGACGACGUUAAUUUAUAUUUACGUUCCAAAGCUUGAUAGUGUCGAAGAGAAAUGGAAGUCGUAAUGUAUAUUACGUUUCGUAUGGUAUUUUACCAGUCUCACACAGUAUUACGAUACGAAACGUGUAUCGCGGGAUAUAAAAAAAAACGCAAACAAGUCAGUUGUUAAUAAUAUAUUAUAUAUAUA